AAUAUGUAUGUUGUCCAGUAUUUAAAGGACUACAUAGUAUACGUUGUGUAUGAACGACAUACAAUGUUGAAUGGGUUUUGUCACAGUCGGUUGGACUUUGCAAAUCUACUCUGUUUUGCCAGUUAGCUAACGUUAGCUAGCGUAACUUCCGAUUUUUGCUUUCGCGGGUCAGUACAACAACAGCUUGCUAAAGUUGCAUGCAGAUGUUUGUGCCAGGCUGCCUGCAUUAUGUCACUGCUUAGCCUUGUGGAUGAAGCCAUCAAGUUGUGUAAAGUAGAGGAGACCAAGAUAAACGAGAACAUCCUUCAAUACAGGGAGAUACUGCGCUCUUUGAGACCACAGCAAGAAGACGGCAAGGAAAUAGAACUGACAGAUGAUGUUGAAAAGGACCCAGAUGUCCAACUGGAGGAGAGACGGGAGAUGGAACUGCUGAAUCGAUUGCUGGAGAAGGCCCUCAGAGUUCGCGCUGGCACAGCACCCCAAAAAGACCCUCAGAACUGUCCAGGACCAAAGAAAGAACCAGUGGACACUACACAGGGCAAGGGAAGGGCUCUGACCCCAGGUGGCACCAAAGGGGAUAAAAAUGGCAUUAAAACUACCUCCAAAAAGUAUUCUGCCUCCCAUCUCUCCUGGGGUGGAAGGGGGAGGAUGGGUCACCCUGUAGGUCAUUCAGGACAAGGCAGGGCAAGCAUGAUCAGAAGCUCUGUCCAGAUGCAGAAACGAUCUGUCGUGUCAUCAAAGGGGUUUCCUCCCCAGUCCUCUGGGAAGGAAGUGAAGCAGGCUGGUCCUCCAGGUCCUGUGUCACAUGAUCAGGGUCAAUCCCCACAGGCCUCAUCAGCACAUCAUCAGGUUGAGGUGUCCCACAGGUCAGCUGCAGCCACUUCCUUCCAGCCCCCUAACUGGGACACGGUGUCUGUUUCACACAUGGAGGGGAUGCCAAAAACACAUGUAAUUUCACCUCCACAGAAUGGGGCUCCCACACAGUUAACUAAAUGGAUCAGUCUAAGGACCAAACAAAGCAGGUUAUGGGACAAAGUCCUGGCUCUACAAUCCAAACCUGUGGCGGAGAGGAGUCACUUCACAGAGAGAGUGAAAGCCAAUUUCUCCAGAGAGUGGCCAACCAGUGGCAGCCCGGCCGACACCGGGGCUCAGGUGGACAAACUGACACAGCUCUGCACGGAUCUGAGUCAUUGCUACCAGAGUGAGCGGCUGCUGACUGGCCAGACCUUCAGAACCUCUGGCACUGAGCCAGGUACCAGCCCAACCAGAGGAGAUGCAGAAGGGGGGAUGGAAGGAGGGAUAUCAACAUGCCAGAAGAGGGAAUAUGAGUCCUUGCUGAUGCUGGAAGGACUGGAGAAGAUGGUGGCAGACCUCUGGAAACAUGUUGGACAGCUGAGAAAAGAGCGGGAGGCAUGGGAUCGAUGGAGGAGGCUGAAGGGGGAAGGAGAGGGCGCGUUCUGCCCCGUCAGGAGUAAGGGUGAGUGGGGUGACCUGAGUGGGGUGACCCCCUUGCCCCCCACCCUGACCUACACCAGCCAGGCAGAGCUCCAGGAGGUGGAGAGGCUGAGGUUGCGAGUGGAGCUGCUACAGCAGGAGGUGCACCUGCAUCAGGCUCUCUCUGACACCAUGGUCAUGCCCUCCGCUCCUGGACUUCCUAACCCCGCCGCGCUCCGUGACAUUUACUCCCUGCUUGGAGAGGGAGGGGUGAUGUUUCCUACUCUGGUUCUGGACACAGAACCUGACUAAAGGAACAGGUCAAAUGAACUGAACAGGCCAAAUCACCUGGGUCAUGUUUAUUAGGGCACACAAUGCAGCAGAAAACAAAUGAAAGUUUCUAAUUGAACAAGUCCAGGUAGCCUCUCCCUGUUUCAUUCGGUGUUCUUCCAUUUGGUGCCUAAUGAACACGACCAAGAAAGACUAUUGAAGAAUAGACCAAUGAAUGGUAUGUCUUAGGAGGGGACACAGAACAGAGGAAGAAUGGAGAAUCUUCUGAAAAGAGGCAUUUUUGUGUGUUGGGAAUGUCAAUCUGUGUAUUUAUUUGGAGAGAUUGAGCAUUUUGGUUUUACAUUGUUCCUUUUGAAAAAUCUUGUAAGACUCCUAUAAUUAGAUUAAAUUAUUCAAAUUGA